GGGACUCCUCGUAUUUUCAGUUCAACCCCGACCGAACGGCAAGUCGGCAAAUACGCAAAUCGGCCCGGAACUCCGCAGUGCACGGUCAGGUUAAUUUUGUUUCAUUCUCAGUCACGUCAACGUCGGAAUGUCAGGAACUUGAUGGGACCGUACAGCCCGAGGAUAAGAAUGUGAUAACGUGAAAGAAGAAACGCAAAGACCUAGAAAAGACAGUGACAGGACAGAAGAUAAAGAGAGAACGAAUUAAAUGAAGGAUUUGAAACAGUGUAAGAGUGAGACAGAUAUAGUGAAAAAAUCGAAGUAGCCUCCACUAGUAAAAUGAGUUCUGUGCUGUUUCAUAAAAACUACAAAGGAUAGAAAACAGUGACGUAGGACUGAUAAGGGUGUGCCGUUAACGCAAAAUACGUACUAUCUCUAAGCGAUGAAGUGUCUUUAACAAAGAGAGGACCAACGCCGCCACGAGAAGCUAAAGGAUACAGGACGAAAAUCUAUAAAUACACAUAAAUCUCAGGAAAUAGAUCGACGCCGUUUCCGCAAGUCCCCAUGCAUUUACGUAACAAAGCCAAUAAGACAAAUUGUAUGAUUCUUUUUUUGUAUUGACAGCGGACAGUGUUCUUCUCGUUGAUUAACGAAAUUACAAUCAGUAUAUCCAGUGAGCCAGUGUUUUUUCCUAUCAUCAAUUUCGAACUUCAGGAACAGUGCAGUACGUUUUUGUCAUAAAUCUCACUUAUAACAUAUAAUAUCGCCAACAAGGAGUAUCGUCAAAGAUAAGAGUGCGAUCGUACAAAAUCGACCUAGAAAAUGUUGUUUUGUGUUUAAACAACUGGACGCCCAGCCGUUAAGAGAAAAUAUGCACAUGGAAUCUAGCGGGACGUCAGAUGAAUAAGUUAACGAAGCGUCUCAUCAAAGAGAGACGUCGGCUUGUAAAUGUGUCUCUGUGAAUCUUUUAAUACGCAAGAUCCUCCUCUGUUGGACUAAUAAUAUCGCUUAGCAAAGUUAUGUUUACAGCGAUAACAGCGACUCCUACGUGUCGUUCCAUGAUCGUCGUCAGACGAUCGGUUAUAAAUUCGACUGCAACACCACGUGCCUUCGUCAGGAUCGGCAGGACGUUCCUGACUCCUCGUAGACGACAAGGUGGGAUCAUCUCGACGUUUACUAGGCCCAACGUCAACGUUCUCCUUCAUUGCAUACCUGGCGAACGUCAUUACUAUACAGGGUAAAAUAAAAAAUACCCUGUUACUACUGUAACGGUCGAAGAUGCUCCGGUCCAUCUUGGUGGGAGUCUGCGAGGGUGUUAAGGGCAUAACCUACCACUGGCUCUCACGGUCUGGUCAUUCACGACUGCCAGGACCUCCUGGUGAAUAUCAGCUGCUGGAACGGACUUUGGUAUUAAACGAUAAAGCCCUACGGUCAGCACCGUGAUCCUGAGAGAUACAAGAGGAAUAGUGAUAAGAGAAGAGAAUAAGGAGCUGGUGAAAGAAGAAGAAAAAGUGAAGAGAGAUAAAUUAUUUAAUGAAGCGUGAUUGGCGAACGGUCGAUCAUUCUAUUGGAGUAUAUUUUGACACUCGGUACGAUAAAUGUUGUCUGAUCAUUUUUUAAAUUCUUUUUUCUCAAUAUCAAAACUCUCCAUGUCAUUCGUAUCUGUGGGUUAUCGCGUGAGAUACGGUCUUUUAACUAUAUUGACGCGAGAAAACUUUCAUCCACGAAGAAUGCAGUUCGCCAAGGCACAUUUUUCAUAAACUGGCCAAGGGGACCAUUCACGGUGUUCUAAACUCUGUGAAAUCGGGUCGAUGUACGUUCGGUGUGGUUUCUAUGCUGUUGUGUAGUGAUACUGUGAGCGCUGGAGAGACAGAGAGGAGAGUAAGAUUGAUAAGAGAGAAUGCUAAUAUCGUGUUUAUAAUUUUUAUCAAAUUUACGUACUCGUAAUAAUCUCACGUUAUAUUUAUUCUUGUCUUUCGUCUGAUUGCUCUGCUACGAAGAGAGCUGAACAAAAAAGUCGAUUCCUUUUUUUAUUCUCUCCUCUCUUCAUUCGUGGCUUUCAAUUUGAUCCACGAGACCGUUCAUAUCUACACGUUUUCUAUACCGAGAAUAGAUAAGGGCCAAGCCUAGAAAAGCGAUUUCAAUUCUUUAGCACGUGGUGUUCGGGGUUGGGAUGUAAAUAAAGAUUAAUCCAGUCGAGCGGCCAUUUUGAAUGUGCGACGAACUUUUUUAAUAUUGCAACGAUACUGCGGAACGCUUCAAUUUAUAUAUAUACAACGCUAAGCAUUGAUCACACUUCACUUUGAAUUUCGUGGUUUGUCGUCGGACGUUCUUAGGAGUAACGAACAAAAAAUCGAAAAUUCUUUUUUCCCAUUUUCAACAUUCUUUAUUCAUCCAAUUCGGUUACAUAAUCUCACGCGAAACGGUCACGUCCGAUCGGCAACGAAUUUUUACUUAAUUCACCUUUCACACGCGUUCACAUACACGCACCUAAAUACGUAUUCACACACGGCCUACGAAUCGCCUAGUUGCUCUACACGCAAUAUUAUGCUCAAUAAAAGUGCUGUGCUUUGGCCUCCCAUUUAAUUAUAUACACGGUGACGGGAGUGUGUGGUGAAGUGUCAAAAAAAAAAGCAAGAAUAAAAAAACCGUGAAAGAAAAAGUGUGAAAGUAACAACAACAAAAAGUCACGUGUUACAGCUGUACAUAUACAUAAGUGAAAAAUUCCCCAGGACACUGGGGAAUUUUUGAAAUGCCUGUUAGACGGGGUCACGUGGCACCCAGGACAACGAUCAUCGAAACGAUCAUCAGAAAAUUUGACACGCACGAUCGAAGCUUCUUGGUAGCCAACGCUCAGCAAGGACUAUGCCACAUAAUAUAUUGCUCGGACGGGUUUUGCCGUCUGACCGGAUUCUCCAGAGCGGAAGUGAUGCAGAGGCCGGCAGUCUGCGAGUUCCUUCACGGACCCAUGACCUCGCCCCAUGCGAUAGCGGCCCUGCGCGACGCCCUCAGCGCAGGCGUCGAGAAGCACUUCGAGAUCCUGUAUUACAGGAAGGAUGGGACAAAAUUCUUGUGCAGCGAGGUGAUAGCACUGAUAAGGAGCGAGGUAGACGACAUUUGCCUGCAGAUAAUAAAUUUCGAGGAUCUAAGCGCCCAGCCAUCCCCGCAACCCGCCAUACAACCCUCAAGUCACGGCAACAACAGGCUCGUUACUCGCUUCGACAGGGCCAGGGCAUCCUUUCGGGCUGGACUCUCAAAGACUGGCGUCGUCGGACCGUCGAGGAUCAGGAACCGUCCCAGGACAUCGACCAAUUUGCCACAUCGACUUGCCGACGGUACGAUUUUGGACGAGGAUGCUUCUGAGAACUGCCCUUUGACAUGCGGCUCGCCCACUAUGAUGGAGUCCUGGGGCCCAGGACGGACAGGGACACCACCGCCGAUGGCUACCAACGUCACCGGUGGGCCCAAUGUCUCAUCCGGUACCGGGCAGAUUACUCAUCCUGGUAGCACCGCUCCUAUAGCUAGUCCCGAGGGGGUUAGCGAUGUGUCGCAGAAAUCUGGAAUCUGGGAGGGUCCGGUGAACUCUUCGUCCGGAGGGGCUGCUGAAGGUCCGUCAAGAAGCGUCUCUCACGCAGCAUCCCUUGAUGCGAUAUCAAGGAGGGUCGUCAAACCGGAAGUGGUCCGGGCACCAUGUCGCAGCUUAACCUGCAGCGUCUUAGCGGGUCGAGGGAGCGAACACGUCACCCUCGAGCGACGUCCAGCGACUGUCGGUAACCUCAUUGAAGCUGCAAAACACUCGAAGAUAUUUCCUGGCGUCGCGUCCGAAAGCGAUCUACAAAGAUGGCGGACGUCCAAGGAUCGAAAGUCCCCAUCGCUCAGUCAAAUGGGACCGGACGCCAUAAAACACAAGUUCUCCCUACAAGAUAACGGUUCUGCAAAAUACUUUCAAGGAGCAAUGCACACGCCAAACAUGGGGGAGAAGGUGGCGCAGGUACUGUCGCUAGGCGCUGACGUACUCCCGGAAUACAAGCUGCAAUCGCCGCAAAUCCACAAAUGGACCAUUUUGCAUUAUUCGCCGUUCAAGGCCGUUUGGGAUUGGAUUAUUUUAUUGCUCGUGAUGUACACCGCCAUUUUUACGCCGUACGUCGCGGCCUUUCUACUCUCCGAGCCGGAAUACAAUAUGAAGAAGAACAAAAGAUAUGGCGAGGAUCCGAUCAUCAUAAUAGAUCUCAUUGUCGACGUCACAUUCGUCGUGGACAUUCUCAUCAACUUUCGGACAACCUUUGUCAAUGAAAAUGACGAGGUCGUCUCACAUCCUAUGCAGAUAGCCGUCCAUUACCUCAAGGGGUGGUUCAUCAUCGACCUGGUGGCCGCCAUACCUUUUGACCUUCUUCUAGUCGGCUCAGACACGGACGAGCUCGGCUUGGACAAGGACGAGACGACGACGCUAAUGGGCCUCCUGAAGACUGCUCGUCUACUGCGACUCGUCAGGGUGGCGAGAAAGAUCGACAGAUACAGCGAAUACGGGGCUGCCGUUUUGUUGUUGCUGAUGGCCUCGUUCGCCCUCAUUGCACACUGGAUGGCCUGUAUCUGGUACGCCAUAGGGAACGCAGAGAGACCGAAUCUUGAGAGUAAAGUUGGCUGGCUCGAUAUUCUUGCUAACGACACUCAUCAGUUUUAUUCACAUAAUAAUACUGGAGGACCCAGUAUCAAGAGUCGCUACAUCACUGCGCUGUACUUCACCUUCAGCAGUUUGACGUCGGUGGGUUUUGGAAACGUGGCGCCCAAUACAGAUUCCGAAAAGAUAUUUACAAUAAUCGUGAUGCUGAUAGGAUCCCUCAUGUAUGCCAGUAUUUUUGGCAACGUAUCCGCCAUCAUUCAACGUUUGUACAGCGGUACGGCGAGAUAUCACACGCAGAUGCUGCGGGUACGGGAGUUCAUAAGAUUUCAUCAGAUACCAAAUCCGCUGCGUCAGAGAUUGGAGGAAUAUUUUCAACACGCGUGGACUUACACCAAUGGAAUCGACAUGAACAGCGUCCUGAAAGGUUUCCCAGAAUGUCUUCAGGCAGACAUCUGUUUACAUCUAAAUAGAAAUUUGUUAAAGAAUUGUACAGCGUUUCAUGGCGUCAGUCCAGGUUGUUUAAGAGUUUUGUCUUUGAAAUUCAAAACUACUCAUGCACCACCUGGCGACACUCUGGUGCAUCGUGGCGACGUCUUGACGUCCCUCUACUUUAUAUCACGUGGGAGCAUUGAAAUUCUUAAAGACAAUAUCGUAAUGGCGAUUCUGGGAAAGGACGAUAUAUUUGGAGAAAAUCCAUGCAUUUAUCCGACAGUGGGUAAAUCGUCCUGCAACGUUCGCGCGCUCACCUCCUGCGACCUCCAUAAAAUUCAUAGGGAUGAUCUCCUUGACGUACUCGCUCUCUAUCCUGAGUUUGCAAAUCACUUUAGUCAAAAUUUGGAAAUCACCUUUAACAUGAGAGACGAGGAGCAAGCUGGGGUUGAUCCCAUGUCGGCUAGAUUCCCGGUCAGCACACCCACUGACGUCGACGUUGACGCCAGGAGAUUCGCUUUCCGUCCACCGAGAUAUCGUCGAGCUCCCGGCAGCGGUCCUGGGACAAAUUUAGUGUCGGCCGGUCGAGAGGAUUCAUUCCAGGAUGAUCAGGACGAGUACGAUAAGGGUAGCGGACAUGGUAUACUGGAAUUGAACACUGAUAAAGCUGGCCAGGAUGUGACGCCAUUGAAUUUAGAAUUUGACGAGCCAAAGCAACGAAGUUCGACUUUGAAUUCCAUAACGGGCAUGCUAACCCAUCUCAAGCGCAGCAUUCCGGAUCUACGUCAGCACAAGAUUCAUCUUCAGCCAUUGACAAGUCACGACUACCUCGCCAAGCAGAUGACGACGCCACUAACAAGGCCGGGGCGUCGAAGUUCGGCCGCCGGCGAGAGCUGUCUUAGUCACAACGUGGUGCAUCCCGCUUCAACCACAUCCAGUCACUAUACAACCCCUUCACCUCCUCAACAUCCUCACUCACAUGGAGACUUCCAAAGUGGUCCAGGUCGACCCUUGGAUGAGAUAAAUGCCAGGAUAGAUCAGCUCUCGAGACAGGUGUCGUCCCUGGAACAUUCCAUGGCUGGAGACAUCAGACUGAUCCUGGCCCUUUUGCAACAGACUCUUAAUUCUUCUAGGGAGAGUUCAAGUAUAGAGAUGAUGCCAGGUACUGCGCCUACAGGUACUUCUAGGCUUUCUGGUAGACCUCCAGCACUUGUGCAGAGGUCGGCCAGUGAACCUCAACCACCUACGGUACCACCAUCUACUAGUAGUAAUGGGAAUGGAAAGAUACAGCCUAGCACAUCUCAUGGAUUGUUCAGCUUUCUUUCAAAAUCUCUGGAUCAGUUGCAUUUGAUUUCGGCCUCUUUUCUUUUGGAGAGGUUCGACGUUUUUCGAAGGCCACCAACGAGAGAGCCAACAUCAACCUCAUCAGGAGCCUCGCGUUUGACAGUGACAUCCGACACGUCAGCCUUAGCAACAGCAUUGCAGACAGCCCUGAAUAGCAGAUCGGCGCCCACGAGGUCUCAAAGUCAGCCAGUGGACCUGGCAGUGCCAUCAAAUAAUCAGCAAGCUCAUCAGCCCCACGCAUGGCACAGUCAGCCAGCAGCAUUUAGAAGGGGAGAGUUCAGAACGGGAUACACGUCGUUCAAUAAACGCUCAGAACCGGAAACGGACGAUCCUUGGAGUUGCGCAAUGGCAGUGUCAGAGCGCCCAUACGCACAGCGUCCACGAAGCGGAGAUUCUCGAAGAGACACAACGAAUCAUCGUGGAUCCAGCGAGCUUCAGCGCAUUGAAGGUCGACAUACAGAUAGCCAGGGUGGACCUGGUGGACGGCAGGAGUCUUCGCGUCAGACCAGCGACGACAUGUCCUGGGAAUUUACAAUAAAUGAAGCGCCAAUAGCUAGGUUGGAAUCGUUAGACGAAUUGGAUCAGGAUCAUGGCAGUUAAGGGAUGCUGGCUGUGAUCAUACUUAUGGGAAUAAAUGUUUUAUCGUGGCGCCAUCUUGCGACGGGUCGACGUACGAAAAUAUCUAGGUUAAACGUAGCGACUGAAACUUAUCAUAAUAAAUCGGCCGUUUGACGACUAGAUAAUGUGCGUCCGACAGAAUAGUAGGAGGGUCAGUCGAACUUCCUAUCCCGUGGGUUAUUAUAGCGUCCUUACGCUCUCCACAAAUGACUUUCCUCGGGUAAUCUGCUUAAGGCGAUUGAUUCCUGCGGGAUAUAAAAUAUAAAAAGAAUUUCGCUGACUAUCGUUCGAUUCAUAUCAACGGGAGGGAGCACGUGGACGGGCUGAUAUCGAUGUGGGAAAAAUGUCCUCGUUUGAAUUGCCUCGGGAUAAAUUUUUCUACGAUGAAGUACCAAAAAAAAAAAAGACAAACUAAGAAUCAACGUAAGAAUAGCGACGAGAAUAUAAUAUGGAUGCCGAUCGUUUUCUUUCUUUCUUUUCCUCCCUUCUUUUUUUCUUUCUUUACCGUUUUAUCUCGUUCUUUCUCUUUGAUUAAUUUAAUAGGCCGAGGGAGUAGCUCUCUCAGCUAAAAUAACACACGCUCACCCGCGUUACGUAUCACGUACUUGCGCGUGUAUCUAGAUUGCAAUGAAGGUAGACAAGCUAAAAAGAAUAGAGAUUCAAAGAUAUAAAUAUAUAGAUAUCAACUAUUGUAUGUGCUACAGCGUGUAUACACUGAAUAUCGUUUCGCGAAGAUGGCGGAAAGAAUAUCGUUUUUAUUUACUGCCUUAAUUGUGCAUCGAUGUUUGAAAGACCUAAAGUGUAUUUCGACGUAUGAUAAUUAUUAUUCAUUUUCGUGUGCAUUUUUUUCACAUGAAAAAUCUAUAUAUUCUUCACUUUCAACACGUAGCUCAUUUUCUCUUCUGCAACUUUAUCGAAACGGGACGGGCAAAAUGGGAAAGAAAGAAAGAUACCAAUCCUUUCGAAUUAAUGCUUUUUAUUGAACGUAGGUAUAUACAGCCAUUUUUAAUAAAUGCAAAAUAUUGAAAAAACAAAAAAAUUGAAUCGAGAAUAAUUAAGGUAUAAAAAUCAUCCUAUGGCAAGCGGAACGAUAGCGAUUGAGAGUUCUGUCAUUCUAUCGAUUUUUUUUUCUCUUUUCUUCUCCACUACAUCCACAACCAGAUCGAGAAUUCUAGGGUAUGCGAUAAUUAAACAAACAAGUACAAUGAUGGGAAGGAAAAUAAGAAAUCAGUAAAAAAAAAUAGCUGAAUAUUGAAUGACUGAAGAGAGAGUAACGAGCAGCGUUAAUUAAAUGCAAAACUGAAGUAGUGGGCAAAAGUGAAGAAAAAACAAAAACAAAAAAAAUAAGAAUAAACGUAAUUUUGAAAAAAAAAAAAUAGGGCCGCUUCUAUUACGCGAACGUAGAGAACCUUUUUACGGUUAUACACGAGUACACGUGCGUUAUUCAAUUAAUAUUAUUCAUUAUUAUUAGCGGCACGAUCGCAAGACAUGUUUGCGUCUUACGGGAAAUUGUAGCGUGUAUGAGGGCGCGAAAAUUUGAAAAUUUUCAAACUUCGUCCAGAAUUGAACGCGUUAUAGUCUGGAUUGAGAGAUGGGAGUGAAUGAGAAAGAAUUACGAGGGCUGGAGCGUGUUGCGAAUGGAGUAAAAUAAUACCGACGAUAUAUGCCUACGCAAUAAUAUACAUAUAAAUAUAUAUACAUAUAUAUACAUUGUACAAUUUUUUACAAAAUAUCUCGAAUUUUACUCGUACGUAUACCGUUGAUAUUUGGCUUUUCUUUUUCAUGAUUUAGUCGACGCUCUUAUCCGAUUUGUAAAUUCUCUCAUCCGAACUGAGUUUUAUCCUGAAACUGUAAUUGGUGCAAUUAGAAGUCUUUAAUCUCGUUGUAAUAAAAGCGAUUCUUAUUGACUGCGACGGGGUCGUACGCGAACCGAGCCGAUCCAAACCGAUUGCAAUUCUCUUAUUGGGAUAUCGUAAUUGCAUUUUCGUUCAUUUUUAUUAUUAUUUAUUAUUUAUUACUAUUAUUAUUAUUAUUAUAUUAUUUAUUACUAUUGUUAUUGUUAAUUCUACUUUCACGUUUCCUUUUCUUUCUCCCUUAGUCACAUGUUUUCUCGUUAUUGCCGUUCAUAUCAGCUUCUUGAAAACUGUCAAACUUUUUUUUCGAUUUUUCGUCACGUGAAUUUCUUGAGGCAUAAUUAACAGGGAAAACUCGUCAUCUGUUCAAUGACGAAACAUUCGAAACUGCAAAACGAUAUAAAAAAAUAUUUAUAAAAAAAAACUUGCAAAAUUAAACAACUUACAAAAAUAAAUGUUUAAAUUCAGAGAAACGACGCGCGUUGAUCGACGCCGACGUCCCCGAUCGCGUCCCCUUAAUUUUUGCUCAGUAUUUUAGGACGUAAUUAAUAAAUGAAUGACAUUCGAUAUAUAACGAUAAUCUAGUCACUAAUGAAAAACGCUGACAGCUUACUUACGAAUAGGCAGUUUAUUAUUAUCGUCAUUAUUAUUGUUAUUAUUGUUAUAAUUAUUGCCAUUAAUUACUAUAAUGUUCACGCGGUAAGGGAAGGAGGGUGAAACUGAUGAAAACGAUGGAGAGGAAAAUACGAGUUUCCUUAAAAAAAAAUGAACGUCAACAAAAACCAAAAUAUCUUUCACUGGCUAAGCCAUAUCUUUCAGACUUUCUUUUGUCUACUUCUCUCGUGAAAUUUAUUUAAGGUAAAAUCAAAAAUCACGUGGCAACGUAAACAGUCUCAAAUUUGAGUUCUCAUCGACUACUCAAGAUUGGAGAUGAAAUGUAUAAUUUCUUAUCAAUUUUCAAUACUCUUUAAUACUUUUUUUUUUGAUUUUGUUAAGCUGCACGCUUUUGUCAACCAACGGCGACGGAAUGAAUGAAAAAAGGAAAUAUUAAGAGAAAAAAAAGCUAUUACCUAGAAUCUCCGUUAACCUCAUCGAGGUGGUUUCCACUUUGUUUUCCACUAAUCGAAGAGCCCGUAAUUUAUGCAUAGCGCAAAGGAAAGUACAGCCACGUUAGGAGCGAUAAUUUUAAGGUGAAAAUUUGGAAAUGUUAAUCUGUGAGAAGCAGAAGGAUAUAGAAUCGGAGAGAACCUUUGCUUCUUGGGCUGUGUAAUGAUAAGGGUUCUGAACGAUCGUUCUCAAAAAUAUGAUCCUUGUCAAACAAUAUUUCUGAUAUUCGUAACAACUAAAAAUUGAGUAUCGUUUGAGAGAAAUCGAUCAGGACACGCGUUUUGUUGUAAUAAAUGAAAAAGAGGAAGCAAAAACAAUGAGAAUGAGAAAAAAGAUGAUGCGAGAUACCAUGAGAUGGUUCUCUCGCGUUUUUUCUCUUUUUUCUUUUUGUUGCAAUUACACUUAAGAAAAAUUGUUCUGUAUAUAAUAAUACAUACAAUAAUCCUUGGAUUGUACGAUUAUAAACGGUGAGCGCACUGAUUUGUAUCACGUAAUUUAGAGAAUGCGAGUGGGGCGUGUGCGCCGCGAGUACGUGUGAGAGACGAGAGAGACUGUGUGCAAAUUUGUGAGUAAAAAGAAAAAGAAAGAGAAAGAAAAAAAGUGAGAGAACGAGAGUGAGAGAGAUAGAAAGAGGGUGCAAGAGAGAACUUUUCAGUUGCCCUAUUGCGCUGCCUUCUCUGCCGCCUCGAAUCUGAUCUCCACCUCAUCUACUUUAUACUUUAAAAAUACGAAUAGCGAAAGGAAAUGGUCACGUGAGUGAACUUUGUCGUGUAAGGCUUUUGGCAUUUCUUAUUUCGAUUCUUUAUAUUUUUUUGUUUAUUAUGGAACAAACACAUCUUCACGAUUACCUUUCUCUGCGCUUAUAUCACUCGCGAUUAAUAAUUACUCUGUCAAAUGUCAAUGUAAUACUAAUUACAUGACUAUGAUAAGAAUGGAUAAGGACGGUUGGUAGUGGCGGUGGAGAUUUGUCUAUGGUGGUAGAGCUGGUGCUUGAGCUGCUGACGAAGCCGGUGUUAUGUAUCAAUAAGUUUUCAUAUAUUGCAUAAAAUAUGUUUAUUACAUAUUUUCACUAUGUGCUGACACGUA